AUGGAACACGAGAUUGAUGCUUGGAUUGAACAGCUGAGCGCAUGCAAACAGUUGACAGAGGCCGAUGUUAAGAAGCUAUGCGACAAAGCCAGAGAAAUUCUAAUGGAGGAAUCAAAUGUUCAGCCUGUUCGCUGUCCAGUGACGGUUUGCGGUGACAUUCAUGGCCAAUUCCAUGACCUUUCAGAGCUUUUCCGUAUCGGCGGCAACUCGCCUGAUACCAACUAUCUCUUCAUGGGGGACUAUGUUGACCGUGGCUACUACUCUGUUGAGACAGUGACACUUCUUGUCGCUUUGAAGCUGCGCUACCGCGAUCGUGUCACCAUCUUGCGGGGAAACCAUGAGUCCCGACAGAUCACGCAAGUAUAUGGAUUCUACGACGAAUGUCUCCGCAAGUAUGGCAAUGCCAACGUUUGGCGGUUCUUCACCGACCUUUUCGACUUUUUACCUCUCACUGCCCUUAUUGAUAACCAAAUAUUCUGCCUCCACGGUGGUCUUUCGCCUUCCAUCGACACGCUUGACCAUGUCCGCUCUAUUGAUCGUGUCCAAGAAGUUCCUCAUGAAGGCCCUAUGUGUGACUUGCUGUGGUCCGACCCAGAUGACCGCUGUGGUUGGGGAAUCUCUCCGCGUGGUGCAGGAUAUACUUUCGGACAAGACAUUUCUGAAGCCUUCAAUCACAACAACGGUCUGACUCUGGUUGCUCGUGCCCACCAGCUUGUCAUGGAAGGCAAGUAUUCGUCGUUGUCGUCGUGGUCAAGCCUGUGUCUGACCUACUUCCUAGGUUACGCUUGGAGCCAAGACAGAAACGUGGUCACUAUUUUCAGCGCCCCCAACUACUGUUAUCGUUGCGGCAAUCAGGCAGCAAUCAUGGAAAUAGACGAAAAAUUAUCGUAUAGCUUCCUACAAUUCGACCCUGCUCCGCGAGCCGGAGAGCCACUUGUCUCACGACGUGUGCCGGAUUACUUCCUUUAA